CAAGCGGAGGGAAAUAGUUUGAAUUCAUUGCUCGGCCCGGACGCAUCGGAUCUCUCGCUCGGUUGGGCUGAUGAUCUCGGAUCGAUCGGAUUUAGUUUAGUGCGCGCACUUCUGGUUUGGAUUUAAGUUUCGGUUGUUUUUUUUUUUUGUUGUUGUUUGCUUACUUACUUCUGUUAUCCCCGUUGCGUUGGUUACGGUGGACUUUUUUUUCUCGGAGGUACAAUACGCUAGUUAGAUAGAUAGAUAGAUAGAUAGCUAUAUUACGAUAUGAUUGUGACUGUGAUGCUGUACUGUGGCUAAGCGGAGUCUUAUUUUCGGGCUGCGGUGCUCCGGUACUUGAAUAAUUCGAUUCAAUUCGAUUGUACUUGUGUUUGGGUGUUGGUGCCUGUUAAGAUCGAUAUAUCGCAAUCGGCAAGUGGUGAUUCUUAAGAUAAAUAAUCGUUGGAAGAAGAGAGUGUGUACAAAUGUGUUGCUAAGUUGCUAAGCCGAGAAGUCUGAUCUGGUCUGGUGUCUCACGGUCAAUAUCCAAAGUUUAGACAGCGAUCAGUGGUCAGUGGUUAGUGAGAAGUUCUUUACUCCACGUUUCCAAGCCUUCUAAUUCUAAUCGAGUGCCCGCUUGCUUGUUGUCGGUGUGUGCGGAUUAUGAAUUGUUCGGAACUCGUGUCCAGGCGGAAUUUCAAGUGUUUCUGUCAAAAUUGAACCUUUUCAAUUGGUACCGUGUGUGUGUUGUGAAGAACUGAAAAACACAAGAUUUGAAUGACAGGGCUGUUUUGGGCGCGGCGAACCCCUCUCCUCCGUCAACCGUGAGGAUAAUUUAGAACACGUGCUAUCAUCCGACGAACCUUCUGGGACCCUCCCGACCAGUGGAUUCUGUGCAGUGGAGCAGCAGCAGCAGAAAAAAAUGAUGUCAUUACACUAAACAUCACAAUACAGAUCAAUCUCAUUAAUGUAGACCAAAUCGGCACCAGCCAAAGAACAGCAUCGACACCACACCGACCAAAGAGCCGAGCAAACUGCUGCUCAGUGAUAUAGACUACUUUUUUUAAAAAAACGCUGUGCUGAAUUUUGUUUUUUCGAGCGUAGCCUAGCAACAACCAUCGAUGAUCGAGGGAACCAUGCUUCAGAGCACGCUAGGAUCGGCGCAGCGAUUCAAGAAACGGGAACGCACUCAGAACUGGGCCUACGAGGAGAAGCACUUUUUGCUGGAGUUAUGCCGCAAGGAUAUGCACAUCAUCGAGAACAAACGGCUGGACAGUGCGCUGACGUCGCUGAAAAAUCGGGCCUGGAAAAUUAUCCACCAGCAGUUUGCGAUCGCCUUCGGUACCGACAGGAACUGCAACCGGUUGAAGGAGCAGUGGCGACGGAUGAAAGCUUGCACGCGUGCCGAGAUGCUUGAUUAUCAGCAGCGGAUCCAACGAUACGGUCAGGAGGUGGCAGAUCGCAAAAAGCCCAGCCAGUUUACGUUCGAGAUCUGGGAGUUUAUGCAAGAAGCGAAGAAAGUUUGCAAAAACGAACUGAUGGACGAUGUGGACUAUUCCAAGAUGAAGCUGUCCCUGGAGGAGAACCUUCCGCAAGGGGUUUCGAUCAAGGAUUGUAGCGAUGAAAAUGACGAGGAAAGCUCGUCAAUGUGGGAUAAAAAUUCGCAAAAUUUGUGCGAAGUACAAAUCAAAGAGGACUCAAUGGAGGAAGGGGACGACUACGAUAAAGGUCGACCGGCCAAGUUUGCCCGGUUAGGUGCCCUGCCGAGUUCGUCGCCCUAUUCGGCCGAGAAUGCCCAUACCAAAUUCAAUGAAUUGCUAGCGAGUAGCUUCGCCAGUCGACUGAACGAACAUCUGAGCAAUAAUAACAACAACAGCAAAACCGUCGACGUCGACAGCUACAGCCGAACAUUCGGCAGUGAUUCGAAUGUAACCGAUGUACCUGUCAACAUGUCCCAAACCGACCUGACCAACACGUUGGAAGCGCUCAGUAUUCUCAAGAGUCGCUUCAACCGAUUGAACGAGCUCGGUCAGUGGAAGAAUGCAUUCAACGAAGCGCAGAACCUCAGCACCAACAACAAUAGUCACAACGACCAUCAGCACCAGCCGCAUCAGGCCCAUCAACAUCACCACCAGCAGCAGCAGCAGCAAACGCACCCACAGCAGCGGGAACUACAGCAACCCAGUUCCCCAAUUCCGGCCAGCCUGUGCGCCACCAACAGUACCAGUGGCCUGCAGAAUGCGAAACUGGCCGAACAGCAUCAGCAGAGCGAACACGAAUUACGGAUGGAAAUAUUAAAAACUGAUCUCGAGACGGCUAAAAUCAAUAAAGAAACCGCAGAAAUUAACCGACAAAUUGCACUUCAAAAGUUAAACAGCCUGAACAGUUGAAAUAUUAAUGGCUGCAGAGAAACACACAGACGGGCGUUCAGUGCUAAUUGUGGUUAUAAUACAAUAAUUUUCCAACCAGCUACCUACCUCUAGUAUAGCGCAUAAGUAAAGCAAAUCAAAGCAGGCUACGAUGAUUUUUGUCUGUGUUGCGCCACAUAGUAGGCACCCAUCAACAUGGUGGCACAAAAGUAACCUUGCUGUCGAGUUAUAGUAGGCGCAGAUCGGCAGUAGCGGCGCUGUUCGUGUGAAAGCUAAAACCGAAAACUAGGCUUCUUGUAUGAUUUGAGUUUUGGUUAUUGGAAUCGAAUAUUUUAGUUAUCUUCUGUUGCUUCCAAGCAAAAAGGCAUUAUUAUUAUCCUCACCUUUUCUCGUUUCUAGAACAAAUUAAUUAAUUCCAAAUCAUACAGCUGAAUGUAUGAGAAAGUUAGGUGUUAUUAGAGUAACUGCAAGCCCACUAGCGCGGGCUUCGCUCAGCACCCGAUGUAAUAUUUAAUUUAAUGUAUCUCACCUUGAAGUAAUAAUAACUUUGAACUUAU